AUGUCUGACCUUUCACUGCAGGAUGCCACAAUUCCAGAGGAUGACAGAGGAGACUUUCUGUACUGUCUGUUAAGAGCUCAGGAUGACCUAAAAGCUCGUUACAACCCGUACGAUCUGCAAAUUGUUUCUGCAACCAGAGCCAAAUCCUACAAACAGUACUGGACAAUUAGUGCUUCCUACGUAUCCAAGGUUACCUCUGUGUAUGAAAAAGAUGGAAUAGAAAGCACCCCUAUAAUGGAAUGGUUGGUUGAACGAUGUCAUUUCUACAGGAUCUAUCUGCUGCCUGUCUUUGUGAAUUUCAGAAUUUCAGCUAUCCUGACAUCUGCUUGUGUUUUUACUGCAAAUUCUGCUGACGGACUUUGUUUAGCCAUCGCUCUAGUCACCACACACAACAAAAAAUACUCGGAGAUAUUGGACAAAACGAAUACCUAUUCAUGUGAGGAGUUUGCUGAAAUCCAGUCUGAACAGUGUAACUAUGCAUUGAAGAAGCUUUGUGAACUCAGAUACAAAAUCAUUCAGUCCGUCAAAGAAGCCUGUCUGGAGAAAGCCAAAAUGGAGGGAUUUGGGAAUGUAUUCCCAGCAGAACAUGCUAAUUCAACUCAGAGGCCAGCAUUUACUGAAAUUAUAGGGUCGAGACCACUCCUUGCAGUGUUCUUCAAGUUCCUGAAGGUAGUGGACUACCUGUUUCAGGAGCUGAUCUGUCGCCUGGUUAAAACUGCGGUCCAACUAUUACUGGAUGCCCUGACAGAUUCAUACAUGGAGAUCUCAACAGAUGAGAAAAGAAAUGAGGAAUUGCUGAGCACACUCCCAAUCCACACUAGAGCUUACCUGGACAAACGCUUGCGCAUCGUGCAAGAUUCUUCCAAUACUGGAGAUAAAAGUCUUAGCAGUCUCCAGAGCUUGAGCAACGUUGAAAGACAGUCUGAGGUGUCCACCAAAACCAGCGCAAUGGAUGUAGACCAGGUCAUCAAAAAUAUUGAAGAACAAACACAGAAAGUGGCACCGGUGUUUAUUGUAAAUCUGAUACUUGACAUUCCAUCUAAAAAUGAAAUCCCACAUCGAAGCAGUACAAAAUCUAAAUGUCGAGCCUCUAAUCGAGUGUGCAAGCCUGAUAAAAACGAUGAGGCCUUAGAGCAGUCAUGGAUUUCUGCAGAUUCGAGAGAAUUGGAUUGUAUGUUGGAUCCAACAGAAAGUGACGUUGAAAUUGAAGAUAAUAUAGAUGACAGUUAUAGAUCAGUAUACAGGAAACCUGUAAAAUCUACUUUGUCCCCCACCUCGGAAGAUUUGCUGUUUCACAUACAAAGCAUAAUUGGAACACUGGAAUAUACUGUUGGCAAGCUAGUUGCCUUCAUUGAUGAGCCUCACUUAUCCAUGUUUGACUCAUAUUCUGCGUACGAACUGAAACUGUCCGAGCGUGAACUGGAGACAAAAAGGUCUAAGAAGAAGAAGCUAUUGCUCAACCCUGACAUACUGUUUGGGCAAGAUCCACAUUACCAGAACCAACUUGUUGAAUUGCAUGACUUGAUAAAUGAGGCCAUGGUGCACGUAGGACAGUACAGUCAAAGCUUUGAACGUUUCUGUAUCAUGGUGGAGCAAGCUAUGGAGUUGGACUUUGAGACUUCUGUGAAGCAGCAUGACUGGACUCCACAGAAAUUCAGGAUCAUGUUGCAGAUGUACAAUGAGCACAUAAUGGACAUGAGAAACAUGACCGUGGAGAGACGUGUACGCAUGAUGAAGGUGCUGAGCCGACAGUUCCAGGCAGACUGCAUGCCCUAUUCAGAAGCAGUGCUCAAAGCAGUGCAAACCCAUAUGAUAAAUUAUGCUCACAAGAAGAAUCUUGGGCUGAUGGCAGUAAGAAAUCCCACACUCCUCCAGUCAGAGACAUCUCCACAAAAAGCCCUAGAAGACAUUAAUGCCUUGAUGGCUGAAAUCUCAACAAUAGCCAAUAAGACACAAAGCUACAGCAACUAUCAAGAACAUUUCUGCACCACAGACGGCACAGGGGCCUCCAUUGCCAACAGUAUUCACACCGUACAGAAGUGUGGAGGCAAGAGCACUCAGGCACUGAAUACACUGCUGUCUGAGACUGAGUAUGAGUUAAUGUUGAGGAAACUGCUAUGGGAGUCGCAAGGUGAAUGGGAGAAGCUGUACAUGCAUUGGACUGAUACCUUGUUUAAUGAACUGAAUGUGGACACAAUUCAAAAGGAUGUCAACAGGUUCACACAGACAAUAUACAUGUUGGAAAAAGGAUUGCCAGCGAAUGAUAUAGUUCCUCUUCAGAAACAGGCUGUCUUUGACUUUAAAGAGACACUCCCAGUCAUUGUGGCAUUGAGGAACCCCUAUCUGGAAUCGCAGCAUUGGGAAGCCAUUGAAUACACCAUUGGUCGAUCAAUCAAGGACAAAAACCUCACUCUGGAAAACCUCACCAAACUGAGGAUAUUCCAGCGCAAAGAAGCAAUUGUUAACAUUUCUGCCUUAGCUAGUAAUGAAGCCACUCUCAAAAGCAUGCUGGAGAAGGUCAGCAGCCUAUGGAAACACACCAGCUUCAAGUUAAUGACUCAUCAGUUGGACACCUACACUGUAUUAAUCAUUGGGUCAACGGAAGAGAUCAUUGGUCUGCUGGAGGAUAGUUUAAUCACCAUUUCCACCAUUAAGGGUUCCCGUUACGUGGAACCAAUCAAGAAAGAGGUGAAUGAAUGGGACCGUAAACUGAACAUUAUAGCACAUACAAUAGAAGAACUGAUGACCUGUCAGCGGAACUGGCUCUACCUCACUCCCAUUUUCCAAGCUCCUGAUAUUCAAAGGCAACUUCCCACAGAAACCAAACUGUUUAGCCACAUUGAUGCUGCAUGGAAUGAGUUAAUCAUCAGAAUUCAGAAUAACUCAAAUAUUCUGAAGACAACCACCACGUCAGGGGUCCUUGAGCUUUUACAGACCACCAAUGCCAACUUGGAAAAGAUACUGAAAUGUCUUGAGGAUUACUUGGAAGCCAAACGGAUUGCUUUCCCACGUUUUUAUUUCCUCAGCAACAGUGAACUGCUGGAUAUCCUGUCUCAAAGCAAAAAUCCUGAGGCUAUACGGCCUCAUUUAGCCAAGUGUUUUGAAAAUAUCAGAUCUCUGGAGAUUGUGAAGCAAGCUACCAGACCUCCCACUGUGGUUAUGAUCAAGUCUGCAGAAAAUGAGAAUCUUCCCAUGCCAAGGAAUGUUCGAAUUCGGGGACCCAUUGAACAAUGGCUGGGAAAUGUGGAAAGUUCCAUGUUUGAGUCUGUGAAAAAGCAUCUCCGGUUUGGAAUAAGUGAUUGGAAAUUGACACAGUUCAAAGAGUGGGUGCUCUCUCAUCCAGGGCAGGUUGUCGUCACUGUGAGUCAGAUAAUGUUCAAUUGGAAAUGUAAGAAGUGUUUCAAUGGACCCAAGCCACACAACCAACUGCAGGAUGCCCGUCUGGUAUUGAUGAAUAGGCUGGAUGCAUUGGCAGAGCUCAUGUCUACAUCACUGCGGGCUUUCCAGGAAACAGUGCUUGAGACUCUACUGACCAUCAAUGUGCAUUGUCGUGACGUGCUGAGUGAGCUCAUUGCCAAGAAGAUCGUCAGAGAGGAUGAUUUUGAAUGGAUCAGGCAGUUGCGUUAUGAGUGGAACAUGCAGAACAAUACUUGCUAUGUGGUCCAGGCCAGCAGCUCCUUCACCUAUGGCUAUGAAUAUCUUGGCUGCUCACCCCGAUUAGUAAUCACGCCACUCACUGACCGCUGUUGGCUUACUCUGACUGGAGCCCUGCACCUGAACCUUGGAGGCUCGCCUGCAGGACCAACAGGAACUGGCAAAACAGCAACUGUGAAAGACCUUGCCAAAGCUCUGGGAAAACACUGUGUUGUCUUCAACUGCUCUGAAGGUCUUGAUUACAAGAUGAUGGGGAAAUUGUUCUCUGGAAUUGCUCAGUCUGGAGCAUGGUUCUGCUUUGAUGAGUUUAAUCGGAUUGACGUGGAGGUCCUGUCAGUAACUGCCUCACAGAUCCUCACCAUUAAGGCAGCAAAAGACAGUGAAGCAAUGAGAUUUGUGUUUGAAGGCCGUGAAAUCCGACUAAAUAAGUCCUGUAGUUUCUUCGCAACUAUGAACCCUGGAUACGAAGGACGAGUUGAACUCCCAGACAAUCUGAAAUCCUUAUUCCGGCCUGUGGCAAUGAUGGUACCUGAUUACGAGCUAAUUGCAGAAAUCAUGCUGUUCUCUGAGGGCUUUAAAUCAGCCAAGUCCCUCUCAGGAAAGAUUGUUAAUGUAUAUCAGCUGGCCAGCAAGCAGUUAUCUCAACAGGAUCACUAUGACUUUGGAAUGAGGUCCAUAAAGUCUGUGUUAGUGAUGGCAGGACAGAAGAAGAGAGCAGCUGAGAUUCAGUAAAUGCCCAUGAGCCAGACUGAUGAAUCACACAUUCUCAUCCAUGCACUGAAGGAUGCAAAUUUCCCCAAGUUCCUGGCUGAAGAUGUCCCCUUGUUUGAAAGUAUUCUAGAUGAUCUCUUCCCAGGACUGACUUCACCCAAAGAAGAAACUCUUUCACUGCAGAAAGCAAUAGCCAUGGCAACUGCAGAACUAGGAUUUCAGCCUUGGCCAAGCCAAGUGGAGAAGAUUAUCCAGUUAUACAGCCAGAUAUUGGUCCGUCCUGGAGUGAUGCUGGUAGGUCCUACGUGUGGAGGAAAGACAACAGCCAGAAAUAUCUUACAAAAAGCCUUGAUCAUUUUACCAAGCAUUGCUACCGAUGCUGGGAGCACAUCAUCCUUGAGCCCCAUGGCUAAGAGAGGCAAAGUAGAAACCUUCACCAUCAAUCCCAAAUGCAUCAGUCUCGGAGAGCUGUAUGGGCAUGUGGACCAGCACACAAUGGACUGGUCUGAUGGCUUGCUGGCUCAGGCAAUGCGGAAGUUUGCAAAGGACCUACACAAGGAGUAUGGCCACAAUUUGGAGAUGAAGAUGCUUUCGACUGCUUUCGUGAAUGUUGACAGAAAAUGGAUUGAUUUCCAAGAUCAUAAGAGUCCAGAAACUGAAGAUGUUACGGCCUUGUCCAGCUGGCGAUGGAUAAUCAUGGAUGGCCCAGUAGACACGGUGUGGGUAGAAAACCUCAACACAGUACUGGAUGACACCAGGACUCUGUGCUUGUCCAAUGGGGAACGCAUCAGCUUGCCACGAGGCAUGAGGCUACUCUUUGAGGUGGACAGCCUUUCCCAAGCUAGCCCUGCUACAAUCAGCAGGUGUGCUAUGGUUUAUAUGGACCCAGUCGAUCUUGGUUGGCGACCUUAUGUUAGUACCUGGCUAGAAAAACUCCCAGAAGAGUUACCUGGCAAAGCGAAGGAAUACCUCCAGACACUCUUUGACAAAAGCAUUUCAGCAGGCCUGCAAUUUGUAAGAAGCCAUCGAGGGUUGCAGCAUUUUGCUGUUACAGAUCUGGGGAUAGUGAUCACACUUUGCCACCUGUUACAAUCUUUUCUGGAUUUCAUGAGCAAGAAUGGUGGCUUCGGAGUCAGUGAUAGCACUGCAUCCAAUGAAAAAAUCAAGAGAACAGAAGGGCUUCAAAAACAGGAUGUGGAGGGCAGCUCUGGAACCAGGUCUGACAAGUGGUAUUUAGAGAAGAAACCGAACAUGCUGCCUGCCCUCCUGGCCAAGCUCUACAUGUUCUCUUUCACCUGGGCAAUGGGCGGCUGCUUGAAACGCGAGGACAAUUACGAGGAAGAAGCUCUCAUUGGGUUCAGCGACAGGAGCAAAGAGGAUGAGGUCAUCAAAGUCACGCUGGACUUCAACACUUUGGUCCAAAACUUGUUCACAGAACAAUCUCCACUCUCAGUUACGUUUCCACCUGGAAAAGAGACUGUCUUCGGAUAUUUCGUGGACAUGCAAACGGGGCAACUUAUAUCUUGGGACAAACUGGUUCCAUCCACAGAGGAGCUUAUUUCAAAAGGGGUGCAGUUAUCAAGUCUCGCUGAAGCAGUCAUGACCGGAAUUCCCAAAUCAAGACAACCUAAUCCGGAAAAUCUUGUGUGUACGGUUGACACUGUGCGAUACUCAUUUAUAACCAGCCUUCUGCUUCUCAACAAAUGCCCCGUGCUGCUUACAGGUGAAUCUGGUGUUGGGAAAUCUACUCUGAUUGAGGAAAUGCUUUCAAAGCUUCAGAAACCCAAAGGUUCAUUGAUCCAAAAAAGGACCAUCCUUGGAAACAUUUUCCUUUACAAUGAGAUGAAGCAUGAGAGCAGCCUGGUAGUAGGCAUCAGCCAUCUGACUGAAGGCUUCAGCAGAGAGACAGAGCCUGGAUCGGUCUGCAUUGAUGGAGGUUACACUUACCUGCAGAAAUUAACCCAACAUAGUCUUUUGCAGCAGUUUGGAAGCAUUGAUGGUAUCAAGAAGAGAUUGAAAGCACUGGAUACUGCAAAGGAUAUUGCAAAGAGCAAAAUUCCAGAGGCGAUUGUAUUUCUCGAUGACCUGAACAUGCCAGCAAUUGAGCAAUACGGAGCACAGCCUCCACUUGAACUGAUCCGGCAAUUCCUGGACCUCGGAGGGUUUUUUGAUAUUAAGAAGCUCAAGUGGUUGCGUGUGGAAGACGUGACUCUGGUUGCUGCAUGUGCCCCCCCAAGUGGUGCUCGCACUGAACUCAGCCAACGGCUCCUCAAACACUUCAGCAUCUUCACCCUGCCUCAGCCUUCCACUGACUCACUGCAACACAUUUUCCAGGUACAAGUCGGAUGUCACCUGGAAAGCCGAAACUUCUUGCCAGUUGUGCGGAAGUGCCGAGAGCUGUUAGUGACUGCCGCCAUUGCUAUUUAUUACAAAAUGUGCCGUCAAAUGCUGCCCACCCCAGUCAAACCGCACUAUACAUUCAACAUGAGGGACCUGGCCAAGGUUUUCCAGGGCCUGCUGCAGGCUCAUGAAUCCGACAUUGUUUCCAGAGAAAAGACAAUCAUUCUAUUUGCACAUGAGGUUACCAGGGUUUUCCAUGAUCGGCUCAGUGACAAAAAAGACAGGCAGAUGUUUUACACUUUCCUCUCUGACGAUCUCCACAACUACUUCAAGGUGAAGUGGAGCCCUGCACAGUUGAUUGCUGAUUCUUUUUUAUUUGGAGAUUUUAUGGAUUUGUAUGUCCCAAGCAGCAACAGAAUCUACAAACAGAUUAGAAAUAUGAAAAAACUGGAAAAUGUACUUGCGGAUUACCACUUCAGGCACAGCUCAACAAAUAUGAAAGUCACUCACCCAGUUUACUUUAAAGAAGCUGUAGAACACAUUGUCCGAGCUGCUCGAGUCUUCAGUCAACCUGGGGGACACCUGAUGAUGGUGGGAGUGGACAGCACAGGAAAAUUGACCAACUCUACUCUAGCCUGCCACGUUGCUGACUGUGAGCUAGCGGUGCUUUCCAUUCGACAGGAUUACAACCACAGUGACUUCCAGGAGGAGCUGAAGAAAUCCUUCAAACAGGCAGGCGUAAAUGGUGUCAAGACAGUACUGCUGCUGACAGAUGAAGAUCUCAUCAAGGAGACGUUUUUAGAAGAUUUGAACUGCCUUGUACAUUCAGGCCAAGUACCAGGCCUGUUUGACAACGAAGAGUUGGACAACAUCAUUGUGGAACUGAAGAGCCAGGAGAGUGAAGGCAAUCUGCCCGACAACAGGGAGGCACUGUACCAGUUCUUCCUGCAGCGUGUUCAGGAGAGGCUCCACAUUGCCCUGGCUAUCAGCCCCGCUGGAUCCAAGUUCCGCCAACGCUGUCGGAUGAACCCCUCACUGGUUAACUGUUCCACCAUAGACUGGUAUGACAAGUGGCCCAAAGAGGCCCUGCUCAGAGUGGCAAACGUCUACUUCACCCAAGUGGAUUUUGAUGAGACUGGCAGCAGUGAUCGUGCUGAGCUGGUUAUUGUCCAAGACCAAUAUCUUCAGGCUGCUGAGUGGCUGAAAGGUGCCUGGUGGGAUGUGGCUUAUACAAUUGUGGUCCAGGUUGAGGAAGUAGAGCUUGCCCAAGCCUGUGAAAGAUUUGCUGAAUAUCUUCUGAAUCUUAUUGGAGGCCAGGUCCAUGAUUCGGAGGGCACUCAGGGCCUGGAAGACAUUGGGUGGCAGAGCAGUGAUUUCAUUCAGUGGCAUGUCCAAGUCAGACAGGCUCCAGAGGCCAGAGAAUGCUCCUGCUCUGAUGGACCUGAAACGGUUUUGGCCCAGCAUCAGGAAACGAAGACUGGACAGACUUUGAAAGACCUUGUGGGGAAGUCUGCUGAGUUGGUUACCAUGGAGAUUAACCAAGGUGGGACUGGGACUGGGACACAGUUAACUGUAAGGAAAAGGAGGCCAGUGCCAUCCAGACUCAGUUCCAUCUCCAUCUCUGAGGAGGAGGCCGUUGAACCAAAACAGCAACAUGUGCAGGAGGCUCAGGAAGCCCUGGAGAUCGCAAAGGAGAAUCUUAGAAAGAAACAUGAAAGUCUGAGACUGAUUGAGAAUCACCAGCAAUCCCUUCAGCAGAUCUUCAAUGACACUGUGCAGCAGAAGGAGGCCAUGGCCAAUCGCAAGUUACUCACCACGACCAGGCUCUCGAGGGCAUCCAUCCUGAUCACUGCUCUCAGCAAUGAAAAGUACUGCAGAUUUUAUAACCAUAUCAUCUUCGUAUCCAUAGGGCAUAUUCUAGAUGACCAGGACCUCAUCGAUACCCUUCAAAAGUCAAAAGACAUGUCCAAAGAGAUUAAACUGCGAAUUGAGGCCUCAGAAGAAAAUGAGAGGAAAAUCAUGGCUGCUCGCAAGAAAUAUUUGCCAAUGGCAACCCGGGGCUCGGUCAUGUACUUCGUAAUGGAUGAGUUAGCGAAGCUGAACUGUAUGUACCAGUUCUCCCUACACUGGUUCAUGAAGAUCUUCACUGAGUCAGUCAGUGACAUGCACAAACCACACACCAGAAGGCCACAGUCAGGAUACAUCCGACGCACGGGUAAAUUAAAACGCUCAGCCAGUCAGUACAGCAACUUAAUGUCCAGCAAAGCAAGGAUGCACAUCGGCUUCAAAUCCUACUUACAGAACAUGAUGAACACACUGACCGAGAAUACGUACAAGAUGGUGUGGUAUGCCCUUUUCACUCAGCACCAGCUCUGCUUCUCCUUCAUGCUGUGUAGCAGCAUCAUGAGGACCAGUGAGACUGGCAAAGAUGAUCUCAGCAACAAGGGCCACCUCCCAGAGACUGAGUGGCAGAUCUUCCUGCACUCCACCAUGCUGGCUGAUGUGGCUGAUGCUCAGGAACGACAGGAGAAUCAGGAUAUGGGAGAUGACAAGUGGUCUGAACAAGGUCCGAAUGCACAGUGGAUGACAGAGGCCAUGUGGAAGCAGUGUCUGUACAUCAAUACCCAGCUGGGCUCCUUCGCUCUGCUCUGCAGAUCUAUCAAUACCCAUCCCAUACAGUGGAAAAGCUUUCUGCACUCAGAGGAACCUUAUCACUUCAUCAAGAGACCCUUCCAUGUCCUUGGCAUGGACACAAAACAAGGAUUGCGCCCAUCCAGGAAUCAGUUAGAUUCUGACCAGUAUCAGUCAGACUACCACAUGGAAGUGCAGAACUCGAUCUUCCCUUGGGAACAGCUGACAUCUUUUCAGCGUCUCAUUUUGAUAAAGAUCCUGAGGCCUGAGUGCUUGAUUGCCACAGUGAGAGAAUUUAUUGCAGAGAAACUGGGCCCAGACUUUCUGCCAAGCCCCUCAGUCCAUCUCCAGGACGCAUUCGAUGAGACUGAUGCCUCGACGCCACUGAUAUUCCUCCUGUCCCCGGGUACUGACCCCGUCUCUCAAGUGCUGCGAUUUGCGAAGGAAUGCCGGGGGAACACAGACCACCUGGACAUGGUGUCUCUGGGCCGGGGUCAGGGGCCUAUCGCUGAAGAGCUGAUCCAUAAAGCUCUGGUACAGAGGGGUCGCUGGGUGUUUCUGCAGAAUUGUCACCUGGCUGCCUACUUCAUGCCAACACUGCAGGCCAUUGUGGAAUCGUUCAGAAAACCAAGAGUGCAUAUUGAUCCCAACUUCAGGCUAUUACUUAGCUCCAAAGCUGAUGACAAAUUCCCCAUCUCCAUUCUGCAUGAAGGGGUGAAGGUGGCUGUGGAGCCACCACAGGGUCUGAAGAACAAACUGCUGACCAGUUUCGGAAGCAGCGGCUUGGGGGAAGUGACAGAAAGAAUCUACAUGAAGGAGAAUGCAAGCCUCAGCUGGAGGAGGCUGCUCUUCAGUCUGUGCCUCUUCAAUGCCAUUAUCCAGGAGAGGAAGAAGUAUGGAGCUUUGGGCUGGAAUAUCCCGUACGAGUUUAGCUCUUCUGAUCUGGAGGUGGCCAUUCUGAAUCUGGAGAUGUUGGUUUACCACGAGGUGGAAAUCCCGUGGACAGCACUAUGCUACCUGACAGGAGAGGUGGUAUACGGAGGCCGGGUCACUGACAACUGGGACAGGAGAUGUCUCAACUGCACCCUCAGCAAAUUCUACAACCCCGAUGUACUCACUGAGGGUUUCAGCUUUUCCACUGAUAGGAAUGCCAACUGGAAUGAGGUGUGGGGAACAAACUAG